AUGAGGCUACAAUUCCAUCGUUUGCUAUCUACGACAUCUCCAUUACGCAGCACUUCCUCCACCACAGCACAGAACUUGACUGAAAAGAUCGUUCAGAAAUAUGCUGUCGGUUUACCACCAAACAAACUCGUGCGUUCUGGUGACUACGUCACCAUCAAACCAGCUCAUUGCAUGUCCCACGAUAAUUCAUGGCCCGUAGCUACCAAAUUCAUGGGCCUAGGAGCUAAAAAAGUCAAAGAUAAUCGACAAAUUGUGUGUACUUUGGAUCACGAUGUGCAGAACAAGACGGCCAAAAACUUGACCAAGUAUGCCAACAUUGAGAAAUUCGCUAAGGAACAAGGCAUCGACUUUUAUCCUGCCGGAAGAGGAAUCGGUCAUCAGAUCAUGAUCGAGGAAGGAUAUGCAUUUCCUUUGAACUUGACGGUGGCUUCUGAUUCACAUAGUAAUACGUAUGGUGGUGUUGGAUCGUUGGGUACCCCUAUUGUGCGUACUGAUGCUGCUAGUAUUUGGGCCACGGGCCAAACUUGGUGGCAGAUCCCACCGGUUGCCAAAGUUGAGUUGAAGGGUAACUUACAGAAGGGUGUCACUGGGAAAGAUAUUAUUGUUGCAUUGUGUGGUGUCUUCAAUAAUGAUGAAGUCUUGAACCAUGCUAUUGAGUUUGUAGGAGAUGGUGUGGAGAAUUUGUCUAUUGAUUAUAGGUUGACUAUCGCUAAUAUGACCACUGAGUGGGGUGCGUUGAGUGGAUUGUUUCCUAUUGAUGAUAAGUUGGUUGAGUUUUAUCAAGAUAGAUUGAAGAAAGUUGGCCCAAAUCAUCCAAGAAUCAAUGCUGCCACUAUUGAAUCUUUGCAAAACGAUGGGUUGGCAAGUGACCCAGACGCGAAAUAUGCAAAACAUUUAGUUAUUGAUUUGAACACUUUAUCGCCUUAUGUCUCCGGUCCAAAUUCAGUCAAGGUCUCCAACCCAUUAUCGAAAUUAUCCAAUGACAAUAUCGCAAUCAACAAGGCUUACUUGGUGUCAUGUACCAAUUCCCGUUUAUCUGAUAUUCAAGCUGCGGCUGACGUGUUGAAAGGUCGCAAAGUACAUCCAAACGUUGAAUUCUACGUUGCUGCUGCCUCGUCAUUGGUCCAACAGGAUGCUGAAGCUGCUGGUGCGUGGCAAACUAUCAUUGACGCAGGUGCUAAGCCAUUACCUGCUGGAUGUGGUCCAUGUAUUGGAUUGGGUACUGGGUUAUUAAAAGAUGGUGAAGUCGGAAUCAGUGCCACAAACCGUAACUUCAAGGGAAGAAUGGGGUCGAAAGAUGCAUUGGCGUAUUUGGCCUCGCCUGAAGUUGUGGCUGCUUCUGCUGUGUUGGGUAAAAUCGGUGCUCCUGAAGAGAUUAAUGGUGCGUCAGUUAAUCCAUCACCAGAGAUUGUCAAGAGUAUUGAUCUUCCAAAGAAGCUGAGCAGUGGUGAUGCUGCCACUGCUCCUGCAGAGGAGCCAUUUGCUGAAGCAGAUGCUGUUACUGGAUCAGUUGAAGUUUUGCCAGGUUUCCCCAAAUCCAUCCAAGGUGAACUCAUUUUAUGUAACGCUGACAACAUCAACACCGAUGGAAUCUACCCCGGUAAAUACACAUACCAAGACGACAUCUCACGCGAACAAAUGGCACAAGUGUGUAUGGAAAACUAUGAUCCAGAGUUCAAGACCAAGACCAAACUGGAUGACAUCAUCAUCAGUGGAUACAAUUUCGGAACCGGAUCUUCUCGAGAACAAGCAGCCACGUGCAUUUUAGCACGCGGCAUGAAGUUGGUGGUUGCUGGAUCAUUUGGUAACAUAUUCAGUAGAAACUCCAUCAAUAAUGCGUUGUUGACGUUGGAGAUUCCUGACUUGAUUGAGAAAUUAAGAGUCAAGUACCAAGGUAGUAGUGAGUUGACAAUCCGUACUGGUUGGUUUUUGAAGUGGGAUGUUACGAAAGCCACUGUGACUGUUGUUGAUUCUGAUGCUAAAGUCAUUUUGCAGCAGAAGGUUGGUGAGUUGGGUACUAAUUUACAGGAUAUUAUCGUCAAGGGCGGUUUGGAAGGAUGGGUCAAAUCUGAGUUGCAAAAAGAGGAAUAG